AUGCGCCUGGCGUCAGGCUCGAUCGGGCUGGAAUUCAUCGAUAACAGCGGAUCUAAUUGUCUGGCGCACUCUCGUCCUAGAGAGCGCCGGGUAUCUAAUCUAUCCGGACCAGGGGCGGCAACGUUUCUACCUAGGAUUUACUAUUGUUCCCGUACUCACAGUCAGUUAGCACAAGUUGUGCGAGAGCUAAAUCGUACCAUCAUUCGCGCGACAGUGUUAGGAUCGCGCGAUCAACUCUGCAUUCAUGACAGGGUGUGCAAAGAGUCGGCCAUCUGUCGUGGUAUGGUCUCAAAGCGCACCUGUUACUACUACAAUAAUUUUGACAAUGCUCAUUUGGACCAACUCAGUGAAAUUUUUACCGUGGAGAGCGGAGUUCCUGACAUCGAGGACAUGGUUGCUGUUGGCAGAAAGCAGGGAGUUUGCCCGUUUUAUCGUUGUCGCCAAAUGCAAGAAACGGCUGAAUUAGUGUUGCUGCCUUACAAUUACAUUAUUGAUCCACAGCUAAGGAAAAUUCACAGAGUUGAUCUCUCCGGAAGCAUUGUGAUUUUCGACGAGGCCCACAACUUGGUAAUCCAUUGCCUUUCACUACUUCAACAGCUAGUCAUUGCCGAUUUAGGAGAACGUUUGUGA